AUGCUAGGAAAGAACGUCUCGGACCUCGACUAUGUUGGUCUGGUUGACAGCACGAAGAUUCAUAUAGAUUACCCGGUCGAUAUCUUUCUAGACUACUGGCGGCAGAAGGUAUCCAAAGAAGCCCCGAUAGGCAGCGAUCUGAGUCCCGCGAUGAUCUCUAUGGCACGCACAUUAACUGCAGGAGAGGUUAAACAUGGUUUCAGCUACAACGAAGCGAGCGAAGAGAAUGUAACGGAAUAUCUACAGAGUUUCUUGGAUUACAUAAGACUUCUCUAUGCACUCUCCGAACAUGUAAUAGAAGAUGGAUCAAUCCAGUACGAUUUUAGUGGGUCUGGAAUGGGUUGGAAAGUUUACGCAUCGCUCGCAUCCCGUUGCUUCCAUAAAUGGGCACUGUUCCGUGCCGAAGACGAGUCCUACGGCCUGGGACCAGUCUGUCUACGAGAAGGAGAUCUUAUCGUGGUUCUCGAAGGAGCCUACAUGCCAGUUGCGCUACGACCACGAGGCGAGAACUAUCUUCUUUUAGGCGGCCAAGUGUACAAGGACGAGAUCAUGAGUGGAGAGGUGAUCGAGGAAAUGGAGAAAGGAAUCCGGAAACGACAGCAGUUUUGUCUCGUCUAA